AGCCAGAUGUCUUUGAAAUUGUUCUCCCUAUCACCGUGCUUGUGCUGAGCGAUGAUGAUUUCCUCCCAGAUGACUCUGAGGAGCAAGCAGUGUCAGUUCCCAAGUCAAAGGAGGAGGAUGAGCUGGAGGUGAACUUGAACAGUAGCGUUCUCCUUCAAAGUAAUGGGACACCUUCAAAUGACAGUAACAGUGUAAGCAUUUGGAAUGAAAAUAAGACUUCUUCAAAUAAGGAUAAUAGUAUGACACGCACUGAAGAAAAACAGGUUACCAAGAGUAUGUGUAACGAAUCAGAAUUGUCUUUAACUGACGGGUAUGGUGCAGGCACAGAUGAAUGUCAAAAUUACGUAUUGCCUACAUCAUCUUGCAAAACACAGCUUCCAGAGAGAAAUGCAGCCAGUUACAAAGAAGAAUGUGAUGGUGGCUCUCAGAGUAUUCCUCCUCUCUUCUCUGCUGGCAUCAAGGGUAGAGAUGAUACCAUCAAAACAAACAGCCAGGUGACAGCAGUGAUACACAAACAUGAAGAGGAACCUGUCAGUGUUGCAGAUGGUGGCAGUCAAGAGAAACAACCUGAAAUCCACAAGGAGAUUGAGACAAUUGUUGAAAUGAAAGAUCCUGACUCUUCAGAGGAUGAAGAUAAUGAAGCCAGUAACAGUGAAACAAAGAGAAGUGAAUUUGAAGAUGAAACUCUGGGUUCUCUUUUGGAACAUGGCUUGAAAGAAGAACCAAACUUAUCCUAUUUGUUGAAUCACAUGUACUGGCAUGCUGGAUAUAAGCUAUACCAGUGCAGGUUUUGCACCUUUUUUUCGCUGUAUUUUUCAAGCAUGGUAAGGCAUAGCUACAUACACACAGGGGCUAGACCGUAUUCCUGUGAGUUCUGCCAGUCAGACUUCACAAGCACUACAGCAUUAAAGAGACACAGAAGAUUACAUGCAGGGAAAGAAACCUGCCAAGGGCAGCAACUCGACUCAGCAACUGGAAGAAAGAGAACUCAAAGACCUGUAAAGAAUCAUACAUGUGAUGAGUGCAACAUGGUGUUUUACACUAAAGGACAUCUCAGAUUUCAUAAAAAAUUUCAUGAACGGUUUAAGACUAAUGGUUAUACGAAUCAGAGCAAUGAAUAUCAUGAAAGAAAAAUAUGCAAAGCUAACAGUGAUUCCCAGGAGACUGUGUGUCUUUCUGAUGGUGAAGAAAAUGAUUGUCUCGGUGGGGGAGUGCUGGCUUCAGCAGUAGACUCCAAGCAGGAAAAUGAUGUGUGGGACAAUAAGAAAAUGCAUUCUAGAAAGAAAUUCUCUGAAAAGAGUCAUGGAAGCAGUAGCUUACCUGUUGGGAAUAGAUCAGAAGUUCCUCUGAAUUCACACCAUAUGAAAGCUGUCGUUUUCAAAGAGGAACCUCUCUUCAACUCCAAGGCUUCUCAUUCACAAGUUCAAGAUGAUGAUGCAUAUCAUAAAUAUGUGGAAAACCUAAAGGUGACCUGGCCUUCCAAUUUGUCCACAUUCAAAACAUACAGAUGCCAACACUGCAGUUAUGCUACCACUGUUCAUAGCAACUUUAGGCUGCACUUGAAAUUACAUACAGAUGAAAGACAGUUUGUGUGUAAAGAAUGCAACAAAGCAUUUAAAACAUCAAAUGAUUUGCAGAAACACAGCCUAAUUCAUGUAAAGAAUGGAUAUAAGUUUGGCCAUUGCUUCUAUGUAGAUAGUUGUUUGGAGGAUCUUGAAUGGCAUCGUGAAAUGCAUGUAGGUAUGUGUCCGCAAAGAGAUUUUGGUUCCUCAGAAGGUUCAAACAGUGUCCGUUCCUUGCUUGGUUCAAAAGUCUGUGGACUACAGCCAGAUGUCCAGGGGGCUGAAGAGAAUGAUUUGCUAGCAGAGAGUCAACCACAAUAUUAUCAGUGUGCAGAGUGUGAGUAUGCUACUUAUAUUUUAAGCAAUCUUAAACUACAUGUAAGAACUCACACAGGUGAGAGACCUUACAGCUGCAGUGUUUGUCAGAAGAAGUUUCGUACUUCCAGUCACCUUAAAAGACACGAAGUCAUGCAUUAUAAUUCAGAUUAUCUGAAGUGCAGGAACUGUGACUUUUCCACAAACAAAUGGCUGUCCUUGAAGCAGCAUUUGGCUUCGCACUCUCGUGAAGAAAGCUCAUCUAGUGGCUGUCUCUAUGAACAAAAGCAGCUACCUGUCAAAACAUACACGUGUGAAGAGUGUGGCUACUGCACAGUCCACAAUGGAAACCUGAAGCUACACAUGAGGAUUCACACAGGGGAGAAGCCGUUCAAGUGCAGUCAGUGUGCUCUCGCUUUCCGCACAUCUAGCCACCUGAAGCGCCACUUGGUGACUCAUUUAAAGUUGCACUGCAGAAAGUGUAAAUUUUCUACGGUUGAUAAAUGUGCUUUCCAAAACCAUGUGAAAACACACCAAAGAAAGCACAAGUGUGGGAAGUGUAAUGUGAUGCUGCCUACCAAAAAACUUCUGGAACAGCAUAAGCGGCAACAUGGGCUUGAAAUGUAA